AACAGAUUACAAACGCAGAAACACUCGAGAAAUACUUUUAACACGAAUUAAUAAAUACAUUACAUUUAAUACUAUAUAUUAUACGAAAACUAUGUUAGCCAGUCCAGUGGACAAUAAUGUUGGUGGUUCGUGUCGGGGUAAACAGAAUAACAACCAACAGUGCAGUCUGCCGCAUCAGAAGUCCGAAUGUUCGGUGCGUAACGUUCGCGAACCAAUACUGGCGAACCUGCAGAUCAGUUUCGACGAGAAACCAGAAGCAGACUUCUGUAAAAACGACACCUGCACGGAGAGUAACGACAGAGAGGCCACUGGUUGUAGCAGGAUCGCCAAGAACGACACCUGCAGCACGGAGAGUAACGACAGAGAGGCCACUGGUUGUAGCAGGGUCGCCAAGAACGACACCUGCGGGGCUAGGCCGCGAGAGAAAAGCAGGCCCGCAAAAGAGCCAACGAGAGCUGAUGCGAGUAGAGACGAUCUGAAGAACAGCUGUCGCCGUCAGCCGACAUUCGAUGACGAGCAGCAGAAGGGUGCAGGGUCGUCGCGACGGAACAACGAACCGUGGACGGGCUGCGAGUCGCUGCUACAGGUUUCAACGCCUUUGGAAGCAGACUUCUGUAAAAACGACACCUACACGGAGAGUAACGACGGAGAGGCCACCGGUUGUAGCAGGAUCGCCAAAAACGGGGCCUGCGGGGCUAGGCCACGAGAGGAAAGUAGGCCCGCAAAAGAGCCAACGGGAGCUGAUGUGAGUAGAGACGAUCUGAAGACCAGCUGUCGCCGUCAGCCGACAUUCGAUGAUGAGCAGCAGAAGGGUGCAGGGUCAUCGCGACGGAACAACGAACCGAAGACAGGCCACGAAUCGCUGCAUGUUUCGACGCCUACGGUCUGGCCCACCAAAGACCCGACCACCUACCAAAAAUCUGCACCACCGUCGACGUCAAACAAUCGGACCCUGACCAACCGACCGGAUGGUGUACUGCAGGAAUUCGAAAAAGAAUUGUUAAGGGUGGAACAGCGUCGGGCGCAAUUGAUGCGGUGCAUCGAGCGCAAACAACGAGCAUUGAUGAAAGAAAGCCUGGAAGUGCGAACAUCACUGCAAAACUAUUGCGAACAGCAGAGUUCAGGCGGCGAGAAACAGUCACUACACGACAUCAGAGAACGUCGACCGCCGCAAAAGGAUACUACGGAACGUCGGCCGUCACAGUACGACACUAGAGAACGUCGACCGUCACAGUAUGACAAUACAGUACACCGACCGUCGCAACACGACACUAACGAACAUCGAUCGUCACAGUAUGGCACUAGAGUACAUCGACCGUCACAGUAUGACACUACAGUACACCGACCGCCGCAAAACGACACUAACGAACGUCGACUUUCGCAGUACGAAAGCAGAGAACGUCUAUCGUCGUCCCAUCACGACACUAGAAAACGCCGACCGUCACAAGACGAUACAAGAAAACGUCGACCGUCACAGGACGACACUAGAAAACGCCGACCAAAACGCCAACCGUCACAAGACGAUACCAGAAAACGUCGACCGUCCCAGCACGACACUAGAGAACGCCGACCGUCCCAGGACAAUACCAGAGAACGCCGAUCAUCACAGUACGACCUUAGAGAAUGCCAACCAUCGACGCUCGACACCAGAGAACGCCAAAGUUCGAAAGGCGAAAAUCGUAAACAGCCACAGGGGGGCAGCUUUGUCUUCGAAUGUUUCUGCAAUUUCAUUGGGAAGGACAACAGUUUUAACAACAAACCGGCCACAAAACAGGUGUCGUCUCGGCACAGCAACAACAAUGCCUAUAACACGACCAAAGUGGAGGUCGCGAGAAAAGACGCCGCUUCGACCGGACGCCACGGCGGCUCCGGCCGUCGCAGCACGCCACGGAAUGACGCCACUGCGACGUCACCGGACUCGGCCGAGCAGAACCGUAGUCGUCAAGACACUUUCCAGCCACGCGGCUGCCCGCGUCUAAGGGUGGUGGAUUUGAUAAGCUUUACCAAUAACAGUUCUGUUACUACGAUUGGUGGCACUCAAAAGCACAAUAAUCGAGCCAAUCGAGGGUGGAACGAAACACAAUAA